UGGAACGUCAGCUGAAAUUGCUUGUAAAGAGAGAUGUGGCAUACUUGUGUCCUUACGCGAAAGCAUCCCCAUCUGCAUUCCUUGGAUUCUCGACAAAGAAAAAAAUGAAUUUCAAUGUGAAUUGAACGGGGCUAAAUUGAAACCCUUCUUAGAAAAACACAACCUCCCGGUUUAUGAAUUUACGGAAAAAAUGGGCAGACCGGAUGACAAAGGCAAUUACAGCCCCGCAGGGCGGGAGUGGUUGCGGGAGAAAGGUUUUCAAGUGAUCGACCCACCGUACACCGCCGCGCAAAUAGAGAGGGCCGCGAGAAAAGACUUGAAGCCAAUCGACAAGCGACUAAAGGAAUUAAAAAAGGCCAGGGAGAAGGAAAAACGACUACAAUGUACAGGGGAUGCGUGCCCGUUGCCUCCUCCGGGUAAAAAAUCGAGAUUGCCUUGGAAAUCGUCCGACGGAAGCAUGUCCAGCUCAUCGGGUGGGUCCAGUGGGUCCAAAGGGUGGUUCAGUAGCCGCCGCCAUGGAUCUUCCGGCACCAUGACCAGCAGUGGUGCGUCCAUGAACACGGUAGAUAGCUCGAAGAAAACGGAAUCCACCAGCGGGUCGUCUAGGGGAUGGUUCAGCCGACGGAGACCAUCCAAAGAGGAAGAUUUAUCCAAAACCGAACCGGGCACAUCUCACGCCUCGAUGACUUCAAUUAAGGAGGGCGAGUCAGAUUCAGAUUCUUCGUCAACCACUUCUUCAGAGCCCCCUGAAAGUCCACCCCCGGAGAAACUGAAUAAAACACCCUCCACGGCUUCGGAGGCAGGCACCAGUAAGGAAGGCAGCUUGAAGAAAAUUGAAUCCACUGGAGGAGGAACCUUCACGCCGAAAGAGUGCACUGAUUACUGCAAUACUGUUGAGGGUUACAUAGUAAUAAACCCCGGGUACUCCCGCAUCCCCAUCACCAAAGGUUACCUGGCGGACAACGGGAAAGCGUGCGACUGCAAGUUAAAACUUGUCGACAUCAGGGAUUAUUUGGUUAAGCUUGAUCUCAACGACGCCGAGUUCUUCGACGCGUACGCUGCUAGUCCCUCUUUGGGGAGGAAGUGGUUGACCGAUCACAAGAUAACCGUCGAUUUCAGGAAGACUUUGGAUGAGCGAUUCAAGGAGCAGAACGAAGAGGAAGCAAAAGCUGGUGGAACCAGUGAAAUAACACCCGCAUAGUACCGCAGAGUGGAGACUUGGGUUUUUAUUUGUUUAACAAUUUUUUAUUUGUCCCGGUAACGUUGUCGCAUUGUUAUCUAGAUCGAAAUAAUUGUUAUCACAAAAGUAAAAUUGUACUUACGAUUGGAAAAGUAGGCGGGAGCUGGAAGCCACUGUAUAAUCAUUAUAAGACCGACGACUAUUUUUCUCCGCGUAUUACUUCAAAAUAUUUUUCUCGGUUCGAUCAUGUGAGAUUUUCGUUUCUCUCUGUUGAAUUCUAUUUCUAUGUACCUUUUAGCCAUUUAAUUUUUUCAUUUUGUAUUUAUCGUGCCAGCGGUUACCAAACUUCUUUUAUCUAAAAAACAUGACGGAAUUCAAUACUCUUCUCGUUAAAACUUGA